CAAUCGAUUAGCUUGAUGCGAAUAACGAUAGCGUUUACGGUGGCAUUAUCACAUCCGUUGAAGUAUCCAAACACUGGACCGGAAAGCCAUCGCGAACUUUCCUGUGAAACGAUUAGUGGGACUUAUCUGUUGCUGCUCGACUACUGUUCGUUUGAAAAGUAUAAAAGAAAGCGAGGACUUCGAAAGGCCGUCACAGUUCCGGAGCUGUCCACCAUCAAUAAGUUGAAGAUUUUCUGUACUAGAAGCAGAAUGAAGGGCAAUUUGUUCAUUUCGUUUCUUUUGGCGGUGACCAUCAGCCACUGCAAAGUUUCGACAGCACCUGUAGGCAAAUGCCCCGAUAUCUUCGACUCCAACCACUUGGUCUUCCUGCCCCACGAGGACUGCACAAAGUUCUAUUUGUGCGGUCAUAAUGGCCCGGUUGAGAAACAGUGUCCAUCGGGACUGCACUGGAACUCGCAAGCCAGCGUUUGUGAUUGGCCAGAGUUGGCCGGAUGUAGUGGUGGAAGUACUGUGCCUCCAACUGUCACAGUAACUCCGGAACCUGUAACCUCUACUACGGCAUCUCCUGCAGUCACCACAACGGCACCAGCUGCGACCACUAGUGCUCCUCCCUCUUCAACUGUGGCACCAACCAACAAGUGUCCUGAAUUCUUCAACCCCGAUCACGUUACUUUCAUGCCCCAUGCCGAUUGUUCAAAGUUCUACGUAUGCACCCAGGAAGGUCCCGUUGAAAAGAGCUGUCCAUCUGGACUUCACUGGAAUCAACAGGGUAGCAUCUGCGAUUGGCCGGCGGUAGCUGGAUGUGUGGCCAGUGCAUCGAUCCCACCUAAGGACCGUGAAACCGUUGGUCAGUGUCCCGAACUGUACGAUCCCGAGAAUGAAGUUUUCCUAGCUGAUGCGUCGGACUGCUCCAAAUAUUACCUAUGCACAUGGGGAGGCAUCCCGGUACUGCUGAACUGUCCAGCUGGACUCCACUGGAAUAAGAACACCAAUCAAUGUGAUUGGCCUGCCCAAGCCGGAUGUGCGCAGUUUGAUCGAGAUCUAGUCUUCAAACACUCGAAACCAAUUGAAAUUUAGUCUUCGAAAGUAUCUAGAGUGGUUUCCGAUUGCUUAAGUACUGUGAUACAGUGGUUCCGAUGACGAUGACACAUUCAAUUGAGAGAUGUUAUCAGUGUGUUGAAUAAAAAUUAUUAUCCAGCAGGAAGGUUAAACUC